AAAAAAAAAAAAACGGUCAGCUUUGGCAAUGUAACAGGAAAGUCAUGUCACCAAAACCCCUUUUCUGUAAAAUUUCUUUGGCAUGAGUUGGGGCACUUAAAUCUAUCUCUAAUUUUAUGUACUUAGAGAAUGAGGAGUGGGGCUCUUUUCUCCAGCAUUAACCUCAGCAAUUGUGAAAUGCGUGCAAUACCUAUUCCCAAGUUAAGAUUUGCUCAUUUUUCAAGAACUGAUUAUGUUAAAAAUCAACAUCAGUAAUAACCCAAAGCAGGAGUCUAAAUAUAAAAGAAAAUUACUUGUAUCAACUAAGGAGGCUGCCUCAUGUGUUUGGAGGACUUGAGUGUUUGCUUACUAUAGUAGUUUAAAAACAGUUUUUCAGUUAACAUCUUUCCCACAUAAUGGAGAUGUCAGGGGAGGUUUGCAUGAUUGUGUAAAUGGCCAGAAGUUGUUUAUGUAGCUUGGCACUGCUGAGACAUGCACAGGAAGGCUGAGCUCUGUAAAAUCUCCCCGGGCUUUUAUUUUUUCCCUUAGGGAGAGAAACUCGGUCUCUUUUGAGGUUGCAGGAAAUGGAUUCUGGUUGAGCUUCACCGGGUUGCCUCUCUGCCUGUCAGAUUCCCUUUAGGAGGGGACCAAGGGGGCUCAGACUUCCUUUUCAGGAUUUGGAGUUGGGGUGAAGGGAGCCAUUUCUGCGAGAAAACAGAGUCCCGUGGAAUGACCACAGCACUGGCAUUAUCUACUGUACCAGAUUUUGAAUGACGAGGCUUUUAAAUAUGUUCCCACACACCACAAAUUGAUCCUUGUCUCUAUUUUAUCGCAAAUGUUUCCUCCGCUCUACCCUCAUGCGAAUUCCAGCUUGAAAGUACAUUGCACCCAUAAGGACAGGUCCCUUACAGUCUGUCUGGCCAAUGUCCUAAGAACAAGCCACAUCCUUCCACAUCCCAAGUUCAGUGUUACCUACUAUUGCUCACCCCAAACCCAUGCGCAGCAAUUUUCAGGUCAGUUUUGGUAUCCCUGGCCAGGCCACCUUAAAGCUCCCCCCCGGAUUCCAUAUGUGCAGGAAGUCAGAUGCAAGUCUUUCUUCCUUGUUCCCCGAUACUCAGGUGGCAAAGGAAGAUACCAUCCUCUCCAUGUACCCCUGCACAAACACACCCUUUGUGUCCCUCUACAGGAACUAGACAUUCAGUCCUGUCUGGCAAUGCUCCCUUUACCAGUGUCCAGCUUGGGGAAUCAGGGUCUCCUCCCCAAAGCAGGCUGUGCAGGAGCUACGCUCGGGGGCGCGCUGCGGCUGGUGGAGCACUGAGCAUGCCCAGCUCCGCAGAGCGCGGCUCCCGCCCUCCCCUAGCUUCUCUCACUCCCCGCGAGUCUUCUCCUGAAGGCUGCUAGCCAGCCAGCUGCUGCCUGAACUCCGGUGCGCCGGGUUUUUAGAGCUGCCAGAAGCGCGAGGAGGGAGGGGGGCGCGCAGCAGCCACAGAGCUCUGGGUUCAUAACCGGGAUUGGUCGCAAGUAGGGAGCUUUUGCCACUCCACUGGGACUCUGGGACGCUGGUGGCAUCGCGCGCCGGGUUCUCCUAAGAGCUGCUCUGGGUGCCUCGGAUUCAUUUGGCAUUGUAGGAUUUCUCACUGAGGAAAUUCUGCUAGAGAUCACUUGGAAAUUUCUGCAGCUUGGUGUCCGAGAAUCAAGUUCUUCAGACUGAGCUGAAGGAAGCAGUACAUGUGGAUUCUGGGUGAAAAGAAAGGGGCAAGCAAACUUUAGCUCCUGACAGAAGCUGGAGACAUUAUGAGAAUGACACACAUGGUUUCUGUUCCGAUCACCUGGGGAAAGGACGUCAUCAGGCAUCAACUUCCAGCAGAGACUGAGAGUGACAGGAGCAGCCGUUGAGAGAAGGCACCUAACUGGCUCUGGAUUAUUGGCACAUAGUAACUCCACAGCAUGUGGCUCUCAGAGCUGCCCUAAAAGGUGAUGAUGGGAAAAUAAGCUGAAAUAUCAAAUGUAUGUAGAUGCAGUAUUUACAAUGCAGCAGUUGGCCAUGUUCUAUUAAAGGUUGCACAAAACUUGAAAGGAGCAGAAGCAGCGGUUCUAUUCACUUGUUAUUGGACUUGAAACUCCUUUGACCUCGGAAACUGAAGAUGAGGUUGCCAUGGGAACUGCUAGUGCUGCAAUCAUUCAUGUUGUGCCUUGCAGAUGAUUACACCCUGCAUGGCCCAGUUUUCAUUCAAGAACCAAGUAAUAUAAUGUUUCCUUUGGAUUCAGAAGAGAAGAAAGUGAAACUCAGUUGUGAAGUUAAAGGGAAUCCAAAACCUCACAUCAGGUGGAAGUUAAAUGGAACAGAUGUUGACAUUGGUAUGGAUUUCCGCUACAGUGUUGUUGAAGGCAGCUUGUUGAUCAAUAACCCCAAUAAAACCCAAGAUUCUGGAACGUACCAGUGCAUAGCAACAAACUCGUUUGGAACAAUUGUAAGCAGAGAAGCAAAGCUUCGGUUUGCUUAUCUUGAAAACUUUAAGACAAGAACAAGAAGCACAGUGUCAGUUCGUCGAGGCCAGGGAAUGGUACUUCUGUGCGGCCCACCACCCCAUUCUGGAGAGCUGAGCUAUGCCUGGAUCUUCAAUGAAUACCCUUCCUAUCAGGAUAACCGCCGCUUUGUUUCUCAAGAGACUGGGAAUCUUUAUAUUGCAAAAGUAGAAAAAUCCGAUGUUGGGAAUUACACCUGUGUAGUUACCAAUACUGUGACGAACCACAAGGUCCUGGGACCACCCACACCACUAAUCCUGAGAAAUGAUGGGGUGAUGGGUGAAUAUGAGCCCAAAAUAGAAGUACAGUUUCCAGAAACAGUCCCUGCUGAGAAAGGAACAACAGUCAAGCUGGAAUGCUUUGCCUUAGGAAACCCAGUCCCAACUAUUCUGUGGCGGAGAGCUGAUGGGAAGCCGAUAGCAAGGAAAGCCAGAAGACACAAGUCAGAUGGAAUUCUGGAAAUUCCCAACUUUCAGCAGGAAGAUGCUGGCUCCUAUGAAUGUGUGGCUGAAAACUCUAGAGGCAAAAACAUAGCAAAGGGGCAGUUAAUUUUUUAUGCUCAACCUAAUUGGGUUCAAAAAAUAAAUGACAUCCACGUGGCCAUGGAAGAGAGUGUGUUCUGGGAAUGUAAAGCAAAUGGGAGGCCCAAGCCUACUUACAGGUGGCUAAAAAACGGUGACCCACUGUUAACACGGGAUAGAAUACAAAUCGAGCAAGGAACACUCAACAUAACAACAGUGAAUCUCUCAGAUGCUGGCAUGUACCAGUGUGUGGCAGAGAAUAAACAUGGAGUUAUCUUUUCCAGCGCUGAGCUUAGUGUAAUAGCUGAAAGUCCAGAUUUCUCAAGAACACUCUUGAAAAGAGUGACACUUGUCAAAGUGGGAGGUGAAGUUGCCAUUGAGUGUAAGCCAAAAGCAUCUCCAAGACCUGUCUACACCUGGAGAAAGGGAAGAGAAAUAUUAAGAGAAAAUGAAAGAAUUACCAUUUCUGAAGAUGGAAACCUCCGAAUCAUCAACGUGACUAAAUCGGAUGCUGGAAGUUACACCUGUAUAGCCACUAACCAUUUUGGAACUGCCAGCAGUACUGGGAAUGUGAUCGUGAAAGAUCCAACAAAAGUUAUGGUUCCCCCUUCCAGCAUGGAUGUCACUGUUGGAGAAAGCAUUGUUCUUCCAUGUCAGGUGACACAUGAUCACUCCCUGGACAUUGUGUUUACUUGGUCAUUUAACGGACACUUGAUAGACUUUGACAAAGAUGGAGACCACUUUGAAAGAGUUGGAGGGCAGGAUUCAGCUGGUGAUUUGAUGAUCCGAAACAUUCAACUGAAGCAUGCUGGGAAAUAUGUCUGCAUGGUCCAAACAAGUGUGGACAAACUCACUGCUGCCGCCGACCUGAUUGUAAGAGGUCCUCCAGGUCCUCCAGAGGCUGUAACCAUAGAUGAAAUCACAGACACCACUGCUCAGCUUUCUUGGAGACCUGGACCUGACAACCACAGCCCCAUCACCAUGUACGUCAUCCAAGCUAGGACUCCAUUCUCCGUGGGCUGGCAAGCAGUCAGUACAGUUCCAGAACUUGUUGAUGGGAAGACCUUCACAGCAACUGUGGUGGGUUUGAACCCCUGGGUUGAAUAUGAGUUCCGCACCGUUGCAGCUAAUGUGAUUGGCAUUGGGGAGCCCAGCCGGCCCUCAGAGAAACGGAGAACAGAAGAGGCUCUCCCUGAAGUCACCCCAGCUAACGUCAGUGGUGGUGGAGGCAGCAAAUCUGAACUGGUUAUAACCUGGGAGACAGUCCCUGAGGAAUUACAGAAUGGCAGAGGCUUUGGUUAUGUGGUAGCCUUCCGCCCACAUGGCAAAAUGAUCUGGAUGCUGACGGUGCUGGCUUCAGCUGAUGCCUCCAGAUACGUGUUCAGGAAUGAGAGUGUGCGCCCAUUCUCUCCCUUUGAGGUUAAAGUGGGUGUCUUCAAUAACAAAGGAGAAGGCCCCUUCAGUCCCACCACGUUGGUGUAUUCUGCUGAAGAAGAACCAACCAAGCCACCAGCCAGUAUCUUUGCCAGGAGUCUUUCUGCCACAGAUAUUGAAGUUUUCUGGGCCUCCCCCAUUGGGAAGAAUAGAGGAAGGAUUCAAGGCUAUGAGGUAAAAUAUUGGAGACAUGAUGACAAAGAAGAAAAUGCUAGAAAAAUACGAACAGUUGGAAAUCAGACAUCUACAAAAAUCACUAACCUAAAAGGAAGUGCACUGUAUCACUUAGCUGUCAAGGCAUAUAAUUCAGCUGGGACAGGACCCUCCAGUGCGACAGUCAAUGUCACGACCAGAAAACCACCACCAAGCCAACCCCCUGGAAACAUCAUAUGGAAUUCUUCGGACUCCAAAAUUAUCCUGAACUGGGAUGAAGUGAAGGCCCUGGAUAAUGAGUCAGAAGUAAAAGGAUACAAAGUCUUGUACAGAUGGAACAGGCAAAGCAGCACGUCUGUCAUUGAAACAAACAAAACAUCAGUGGAGCUUUCUUUACCCUUCGAUGAAGAUUACAUCAUAGAGAUUAAGCCAUUCAGCGACGGAGGAGACGGCAGCAGCAGUGAGCAAAUCCGAAUCCCAAAGAUAACAAAUUCCUAUGCAAGAGGAUCUGGGGCUUCUACCUCCAACGCGUGUACGCUGUCAGCCAUCAGCACAAUAAUGAUCUCCCUCACAGCCAGGUCUAGUUUAUGACAAAAGUUAUCUAAAGGACUUGCUAUUUAUAAUAUAAGCAACAUUUAGCUAGUUGUUUUGAAGACACCCAGUACUAAGUAAUAUCGUUGUUCAAGUACAUCUUAUUACUGGAAAAAAAUGUUUUUUGCUUCGUUAGGAAUGGCAUUAUACAGUACUUUCUCAAAGCAAAUCUAGCUUUGUCUGAAGUUUCUUUGGAAACUCUGCAAUGCACUGAAGACAUCUGUAAUAUGAUGUUACCAAAGCAGUUUACAUAUGUCCUUAUAUGCAUAUUUUUUAUUAUAUAUUUAGUGUUUUAUAGAAUUUUUUAAAGUUAACAUAUAAUGUAGAUAUUGGUUUUUUUUCCUCUGCUGUAAAAUGCUCUGGGCAACACAACCACACAAUUAUGAUUUGAGAUGAUUUCCUUUAAGGACAGAGUUUGAAACUCAUCUCAGUAAAUGAAUUACAAAUGACUUGUACAGUUUUACAAGGAUCUAGUGACAAAACAGCUGGAGACUUGGUCUGUAACUCAAGGUUGCUGUAUAUAAAUUAUUCCUUGAAUGGUUAAUGCAUUGAAUUGAGUCCCUUUGACAUAUGUGAUAUGUUUUCCCACCCUGUUGUGAAUUUUGUUGUUCAACACAACUUGAGAUGGUUUCAGGAACUACAAAUCUCAAAAGCUACUCUUCCCAGUCCAAGAGGCACCUUGUGCAAUCCUCCCAUCCCUGAACUUAGUUAGCAUCGUCUGGUAAGACUUUAUUUGAGCAUCGUCUUUGUAGUAGCAUCAUCUUAGGCACUGAAUUUGAAGUUACAUAUCCUGUAGUAACAUAGACAAAAAGUUACUAUAGUCAAACAGGUCUUUCAUGGCAUAAAAGGUAAUUUUACUCUUUAGACAUAUCUGUUUUGAAUGUAAAUUUUUUAAUGAAUAAUUCUGUCAAUGAGUUUAUAAUUUCAAAUUUUCUUAUAGAUAACAUGAGUAACUGUAAUGAUAGAGUCCUUCUUUUGAAUGACAAUAACAUAUGUAAUUUGAAAAAAAUUUCCUAUUUCAGCAAAUAGCUGCUGCAAAGAAUUUUACAUAUGAAUCUAUAAAUUUUCAGUAGUACAAACGUAUUGUAUCUCGAUGUCUCCCCUGUUUUGCAGUAGCUAGUCUGGUUGCUUCUAAGCUUUACAUAAAUCUUAAAGUCAUACAAUGAAAGAUGGCAAUAUUGACAAAACCUUAUUCUUAUGAACAACUCUUUGCUAUAAUGGGGGAUGUUUUGUAAGCUGACAAGGGAAGAAUAUAGAAGGCAAUGAGAUUUUUAUAUGAAACUUUUCACGUUCAAACACAGAGUCACCUCUUUCUUCUUUCUUGGAGAGCUCAUGAUUGCCUGUAACUUGUCGUUUUUGCUUACACAUACCAUAGCUUUUCAACCUUCUAAUUAUAUUCAUCCAGUAAAGUCAUCAUCCGGAUUCCAUUUGUGUGAAAAUUAGGAUGGUAACAGGGAAAAUAUUGUCAGUAUUUCAGCUGCGUUCCUUCUUUAAUUUGAUAUGCUUUACUUCUAUGUUAAAAUAUGAUUUAAAAGUCACAUGCAAAAAAUCAACAUAAUAAUAAAAUGAAUGAAAAAAGCCUGAUAUCCCAGGUACUUCCCAACCCCAGUGUAAAUGAUAUCUAUCAGUGAUCUAGAAUAUGUAAUCUUUUUUAAAGUAUUGUUAAUAAAUAUUCUGUCAUUUGUAAAGA